CGAUCUUGGAUGCGAGCGUUGUUGUUGGCAAUAUCUUCUUUGACGAUGGCAGUGUACCGCGGUCCCGUGCUCACCGCCUGUCACGAGCUCCCGACGUGGAAGCCGGCGUUCUUGGCCGCCGCCACCAUGCGCGGGCUGGACGCGUACUUUACGACGCCCGACUACCGCGACCCGACCCUCGCCGAUCGCAUUUCGGCUGCUACGAUGGACGCCUUCACGGUGACGGCCGACUCGAGACUCCUCGAGGUGUCGCUCGACCUCCGUCGUGCCGAGCGCCGUGAAGCCGAGAAGCGCCGCGCGAGUCUUCGGGACGAGUACGUCCAGAAGUCGGUGGACCGCGCUUGCACUGUGCUCUACGCUAACGAGAUGCUCGCUGCAGUGCAGCUGCUCUUCGCUGCUGUUGACAGCGCCAUCUCCAGCGAGUUGCUGCACGGCGCCGGCGGGCCAUACGAGAUGUGGGGGCGCCUUUGCACCCUUGUCAGCAGUCCCGAGAGUCUUGCAGUCGGUCUCUGCGGCAUGUUUGCCCUGCGCGUCCAGGAUGGCGAAGCGCCGCGGACCUUUUUUGCGCGUCUGGAGGCGUCGACGGAGCAGUACGCGCAGUCUCUCCUUUGCCACUCGUUUGGGAAAGCCCGCUGCAGCGCCGACCCGAGGUUUGAGGCGAAUGUGAUGGACUUGACCAAGGUCUUGAUGUUUGCACGCGCCUGGCCCGUCGACGUCACGGGCUCGUUUGAGCAGACAAAGCCUCUGUCGUACGAGCUUCUCAAGCAGCGAAUGAUGGCGCACCUCGACGGCGCAUAUUGCUUUUACUGUCACUCCAAGGAACAUGUCGACGCCUUUUGCUACAACCUUGCGCAGGCGCGGCAGAAGCGCACCGUGCGGGCUGGGUACGUGCUCCCAAGUGGUUCCACGUACCCAUCGAUGAGCGACGCUUCUCGCCUCCAAAUAACGACGCGGCGCUUUUGCACAACCUGCCAGUCGACACGCCACCGAGACGACGACUGCCCUAACCGCGACAAUGGACUGGCAAUGGAUGCACCCAGCCACGGGUCGCCAGGUGUGAUCAAAGAGGAAGACGGCGUCGUGCGUGAGGAUGCCAAACAUGCUCAAGAUACCGACGCUGCUGCCUCGCCACAUGCACACGACCGAACCCCCGAGCGCGAUUGGUACGAAGGGCCGGUGCUGACGGACAUGGCAGACUUCCCGCAAUGGAAGCCUGCGUUCCUCGCGCGCGCCGCCUUGCACUGCUACGUCGAGUUUUACACGCUGGUCGACGCGCAAGCCAACCCGAAGCUCGUCACACCCGCCGAGCUGCGCGAGGUGCACGCCAGCGCGCGUGACGCCGAGCCACAGGCACCGUCCGAGGCUACGAUCGCCGACCACGACAUGCGUGUUCGUCGACGUCUUCGCCACAUGCGCGGUCUCUUGCAUGCGAAAUAUGCCGCCAAGACCUACGAGGUGGGCGAGGAGGCUGCCGCGUAUCUCCGAUCGGCUGUCGAUGGAGCGCUCCACGGCCACUUUGAAGACGCCUCGUCGCCGUUCGAGAUGUGGCAAGCCCUCUUCGGAAGCUACUGCAUCAGCCCCGACGGCACCAAGGCAGCGUUGCUCGAGCACUUGGCAGCAAUGACGUACUCGCCGAGGUGCAAGGCCGCGCUCUUCCUCCAGCGGCUCGAGGCGGCUGUCGCGCGCUACGCAACUUUUGCGCUUCCACCAAUGUCGAGCACGCAUGCAGCGCUGUACCACAGCGUCGUCGAUAGCCUCAAGAUGUCGUUCUUGGUGCGCGCGUUGCAGUGUCACUUGCGCAGCGACCUUGCACUGUGGCUCGCCGAUGUGCCCAGCGGUGACUUUGCGCACUUGCAGUGUUGCCUCCUCACGCACGCUGCGACUCUUCCCGACACGAACGCGGAAGAGGACGUCAUGUUGGUGUCACCGGCGGCGACGAUGCUGGCUGCCGCGUAUGAGGCGACGAUGCAAGAAGACUCUCUGGCGUCGCCUCUGCACCCAGUCGAGCGUCGCUCCGUUUACCUAGCCCUACAACCCGAAAAUGCCGACGCGACGACGUCAUUGCCGCCGAUGCAGCUAUCCCGCACGUCGACCCCGCCUUUGCAGGAAGCCGCCGACCGGGGUUCGCCAGAGGUGCUUUUGUCCUCGGUUGCUGCGGCCACGAAGGACGCGAUUUCGAAACGACGAGAAGAUGACGAAUCUCGUAGUCGCACCACCUGCACCUACUGCCAUGGAACCCAACACGUCGACGCAGCGUGCAAGCGCUUGGCGCAGGCGGUGCGCGACACGAUCGUUCGGAGCGACUACGACCUCCCAUACGGCAUGACGUUUCCAGAGCUUGGCAGCGAUAACCUCGUUGAGGAAGAUCGCCGCUUCUGCACGUACUGCCAGUCCACACGCCACUACGACAACAAGUGCCCUAUGCGCGCCAAGCACAAGAAGACAAAGUGCUUGCGCCGGGGUUACGUGGCGCCAACCAAACCCAACAACGAACGGCAGCGUACCGAGCCAGCCCCAUCUACGCUGCCGCUAACGACGACCAAGAAACGCCUACGCGCCAACAGUAGCGACGGCGAUGGCGUAGCUUGCAACGAGAUUUGGUCGACCGACGAGACGGCGGCGCUUGAACGCUUGGUCCAGACGCAUGGACAGGACUGGGACCGUGUGCUAACUGCAGGGCACCACGACAAGACGCUCUUGCCAAGCCGCACGACAGACAGUGUUCGGACCCGAAUGCGCUGGCUCGAACGGCAAGGACGCGGAUCGAUAGCUGACGCUGGCGACGUCGGUACCUAUAGCUACGACGUGCCCCAUGUGACCAUUUAAUGCAUUGUCUUCUCAGCGUG